AUGCCGUGCUAUGAUGAGAGGCCGGGUGCAUGUGCUAUGCUCAAUCCACUCGGCGGGAGAACAUUUCGUGUGUUCUACAAAUUUGUCUUCUUCCUGAGCCGGGAGCAAGGGCAGAAAGGCGUGGACGUAGCAACAGCUGUUGAGGCAUGGAGGUUCGCCUUAGCAGGGGUCUUCCCUCUUGUGGAUUCCUGGUGCGACUUUGUGCCGCUGCAUCAGCGGUAUGCAGUAUCAGAAGACACGUGGCAGCAGGUGCUGGACUUCAGCUGCACGAUUGGCGCUGACCUCAGCAUGUAUGACUCGGAUGGGGCGUGGCCUGUGCUGAUCGAUGAGUUUGUGGAAUGCUAUUCCAGGUCUGGUGAGGUAUGGUGCAGUGUUGUGAGGUAUGAGGAGGUACGGGGAGGGAGGCAUGGUGAUGAAGGGGAGAUGUUUGUUGCACCAGCAGCAGGAGGUGGGGUAUGCAGACAAUUAGCCCUCGGUGCUGCUGCGCUCGCCCUCGUCCCAUGCAUUCCGCCAGCACAACAUGGGCGGCAACAGCAGCUUCAGCCUCCCUUCUCUCGUAUGCUUUGUUUUCCCCUGCCCUCUCCUUUGCUCGUCCCUUCCCUCAACUCGCUCCUCCUCCCGUCAGCUCUUUCAAUGAGGCCCGGUGGUUAA